AUGCCGCUCAGUAAUAAUACUGUUAGUAGCAGGAUUGAUGAAAUGAGUUGUGAUGUAGAAGUACAACUUGUUGAAAAAUUAAAAUAUACAAAUUUUUCAAUACAGUUGGACGAAUCAACUGUAAGAGAUAGUGAAGCUCUGUUAAUGGCCUAUGUAAGAUAUGUUGAUAAUGGAGAAUUUAUUGAGGAUAUGCUAUUUUGCGAAGCAUUAGAAACCACCACUAUUGCAAUUGAUAUAUAUAAGAAAUUAAAAACAUAUUUAGAUGAUAAGCAGAUACCAAUGGAGAACAUUAUAUCUUGUGCUGCAGACGGUGCUCCAGUGAUGAUGGGCAAGAAAAAUGGAGUUUUAAAAUUAUUGAAAGACGACAAUCCCCAAAUGUUGUUAGUGCAUUGUGUUAUUCAUAGACAGAAUUUAGUUUCCAAAAAAGUUUCCCCUGUUCUAAACGAGACAUUGAAUGCAGUUAUAAAAUGCAUCAACACUAUAAAAGCUAAUGCCAAAUUUGAUGGUAAAGCACUUGUCAGUUAUUUAGCAGAUAUAUUUGAAAAACUCAAUGUCUUAAAUAAGGAGCUCCAAGGAACAAAUAUGACUCUUGUUAAUUCAAAGGCCAAGAUAUUUGGCUUUAUAUCAUUUCUGGAAUUAUCCCAAGAAAAUAUUUCUGUCAAAAAAUUUGAACAAUUUUAUUGGCUGAAUAAAUGUGAGGGAACAGAUGCUACUUGUCUUGUUAUUGUGGAGCACUUAAAAAUAAUGGUAAGCGAUUUCAACUUCAGAUUUUCUGAUUUGAAAGAAAUUAAUUAUCCAUCUUGGAUGACUCAGCCAUUGCUAGUGGAUCUGUCAGAUGUAACCAUGGAGUAUCAAGGAGAACUUUCAGAAUUACAAAAUGAUGACUCGAUUAUAGCCCUGUUCAAAAUAAAAGGAACAAUGAUGUGGCUCUGUGAAGAAACACAAGCUAAAUAUCCAAAUACAAGUAGUUUGGCAAGAAAACUACUGUUACCAUUCCCAUCGUCAUACUUAGUGGAAUGUGGAUUUAGUGCUGUGAAUGACUUAUUACUGAAGAAAAGAAACCGACUGGAUAUCACUAAACGAGGCGACUUGAGAUUGAAAUUAACAAAAUUUCUGCCUCGGAUAAAAUCUCUUUGCAGUAGACAUCAGGCUCAAGGGUCUGAUUAA